GAUGGGGAGGCGGCGGCGGACGAAGGAGAAGAUGCUUCUGGGCUGAGGCGAAGCCGACGAGGGAGUAGGAGGACGAGGCGGCUGUGGGAAGAAUGGCUCACUCUGGAGCUGCCGCGGCUGUCCCCGGGGGAAGCGGCGAGCGCCGGGGGUCGGGCUCCUCGGCUUCGGGCCCGGGGGCGACGGCGAGUCUGGAUGGCGGAGGUCCGCGGGACUCGCUGAGUCUGGAGGAGAUUCUGCGCCUCUACAAUCAGCCCAUCAAUGAGGAGCAGGCGUGGGCCGUAUGCUAUCAGUGCUGCGGCUCCCUGCGGGCCGCCGCUGGAGACCCGCGCAGUCGCCCCCGCCGCACUCCCCGCCACCGAGUGGAGGCGCCCGCGCAAAUCCAUGUCUGGAGGGAUGGCACAGUCACCCUGGCCCCCGGGCUGGGCGACGCCGGGGAGCCGCCCCCGAGUGCAGGUACAUUGGGAUAUUCACAUUGUACAGAAACAGAGGUUAUUGAAUCCCUGGGAAUUAUUAUUUAUAAAGCAUUGGACUAUGGUUUGAAGGAGAAUGAAGAAAGGGAAUUAAGUCCUCCCUUAGAGCAGCUCAUUGACCAUAUGGCCAAUACUGUGGAAGCUGAUGGUAGUAAUGAUGAAGGUUAUGAAGCUGCAGAUGAAGUCAUGGAUGAAGAUGAUGAUAAAAGAAAAAUCUCAGUUAUUCGAUCAUAUAAAGAUGUCAUGCAGUUGUGUGCUGCCCAUCUUCCAACUCAAUCAGAGGCACCAAACCACUAUCAGGCAGUAUGUAGAGCAUUAUUUGCUGAAACAAUGGAGUUGCACACAUUUCUUAGCAAAAUUAAGAGUGCAAAGGAGAAUCUUAAGAAGAUUCAGGAAAUGGAAAAGAGUGAUGAAUCCAGUACAGAGCUAGAUGAGCUGAAAAAUGCUGACUGGGCUCGAUUCUGGGUACAGGUGAUGAGGGAUUUGCGGAAUGGUGUAAAACUGAAGAAGGUUCAAGAACGACAAUAUAAUCCUUUGCCAAUUGAAUAUCAGCUCACACCUUAUGAGAUGUUAAUGGAUGAUAUUCGCUGUAAACGAUACACUUUGAGGAAGGUAAUGGUGAACGGUGAUAUUCCUCCUCGGUUAAGAAAAAGUGCUCAUGAAAUUAUCCUGGACUUCAUUAGAUCACGACCCCCCUUGAAUCCAGCUUCAGCCAGAAAAUUGAAACCAACUCCACCACGGCCACGGAGUCUUCAUGAAAGAAUAUUGGAGGAAAUCAAAGCAGAAAGAAAGUUACGCCCAGUUUCACCAGAGGAGAUUAGGCGUAGUAGACUAGCAAUGCGGCCACUUAGCAUGUCUCACAGUUUUGACUUGUCAGAUGUAACUACUCCUGAAUCUCCAAAGAAAGGGACAGAAGCUUCUGUGUUGAAUGGUGGUUUAAUACCACAAACAAAAGCCAAUGGUGUAAGUGGUCCACAAACAAUAGUGCAACGGAAGAAACUCCUCAAAGCUCCAACUUUAGCUGAAUUGGACAGCUCUGAAUCAGAGGAGGAGACAGUGCAUAAGUCAGCAAGCAGCAGCAGCAUAUCUCCCUCUUUUCUGGAAGACCCUAUACUCGAGGUUAUGCCAAGCAAAAAGAUGCCUCCAAAAUUCUUGCCCAUAUCAUCAACACCCCAGCCAGAGAGACGGCAGCCACCCCAAAGACGACAUUCGAUUGAAAAGGAAACUCCCACCAACGUUAGACAGUUCCUGCCACCAUCCAGACAGAGCUCCAGAUCACUUGAAGAAUUCUGUUAUCCAGUAGAAUGCUUGGCUCUCACCGUGGAGGAAGUGAUGCAUAUUCGCCAGGUGCUGGUAAAGGCAGAGUUGGAAAAGUACCAACAGUACAAAGAUGUCUACACUGCAUUGAAAAAAGGAAAGCUCUGCUUCUGUUGCCGAACUAGGAGGUUUUCCUUCUUCACUUGGUCUUAUACCUGUCAGUUCUGUAAGAGGCCAGUAUGUUCACAGUGCUGCAAAAAGAUGCGAUUACCAUCCAAGCCAUAUUCCACUCUUCCUAUCUUUUCUCUGGGACCAUCUGCCUUGCAAAGAGGAGAAAGUUUUAUGAGACCUGAAAAACCUUCUGCUAGUCACCAUCGGCCACUUCGGAGCAUUGCCAGGUUCUCUUCAAAAUCUAAAUCUGUAGAUAAAUCAGAUGAAGAAUUACAAUUUCCCAAAGAAUUGAUGGAGGACUGGAGUACUAUGGAGGUGUGUGUAGACUGCAAAAAAUUUAUUUCAGAAAUCAUCAGCUCCAGCCGGAGAAGCCUUGUGCUGGCUAACAAACGAGCUCGUUUGAAAAGGAAAACACAGUCAUUCUACAUGUCCUCAGCAGGUCCCUCAGAGUACUGCCCUUCGGAGAGAACUAUCAAUGAAAUCUGAGCCUCGUGCCUUUCCAGUUGCUCUUGUUCACAAAGUCAGCAUUGGUGGAGAACACUAAGAACUGCAUUGUCUUUCCUUUCCUUUCUGUGGUUUUAUUUCAUAGACCUGUAUUUGCAUUAGAUCAGAUAUAUGUUGCACCAUGUUGUUCUACUGACUGAAUGCUGUGUUCAUAUCUGUUACUGAUAUGCAACAGGUCAGCCAAUCAAAUAAUUUGCACUGAAAGAAAACAUUAGUUCAAAACUUGCCUUCUUUUUAAUUUGUACAUUUGAAGGACAAAACGAUUUUCCCUGAAUUCAGUUCUUUUCUAACCAAGGCUGAAAGGUUCUUUUAAGGAGAAACCAAUCUAACAAAGGAAUCAGUGUUAGCACAGUUUUAAGCAGUAAGUCAUAUUGGCACUUCCACCUAAUAGUGUUCACAUGUAGUGUAUUCAGUAAUCCAGAGCCUUUCUGGAGAAUACUAAACUUCUAGUAUGGGCUAUAGUAAUUCUUGUCUCACAGCAUAAACUCUAGGAUUGCUAAUGCUAACAAAUUGAUUUUUUAAAUUUAUUGCUAAUCUGAGAUUUUGGUUAAAUAAGGGACUUUAUGAUGUCUGUGUUCUAGUGUAAAACACCAGCAUAAGCUGUACACCCAAAUGGGUGACUUAUUUCCCCAAAGCUGCUGGAUUUGUCAGCCCUAAUAUAACUGACCAGUGUUUCUCAUGGAGGUGACACUUUAUUCCUUUGAAUGUAUUAUGAUUAUUGAUAGUAUUAGUAAUAAUAGAUUGAGUGAUAGAGGUUUGGCAGAAGUUUGGGGACUAAAGGUAUAAGGCAACAGCUUGAGUGAAUUCCUAUAAUGUCAAAAGAGCCCAUGAUUUUAUUGGAAAGGUGGGUGAUCUAUUUUGAGACUAUACAGGUUGGCAGCCUCUAAUCACACUGGUAUGAUUCUGGUAGCAGAUACAUUAUCAACUAUGUUUUUCAUAUCUUAGCAACUUGGCCAGCAAGUCUAAACUCGGCUGUAAUUUGGUACCUAAAGUCUUAGACUGAAAACAAAUUUAUUUAUUUUUGUAAAUGAACUUUUUAAAAACAAACAUGGUUAUUUAGCUGUUUUAAAGUUACAAGAACAUUAACCUGCUGACUGGCUUCAGAUGCUUUUUUGCAUUUCUUUUUCUCACAAAUGGUUUCAUUUGUGUAGUAUUUAUGGGGGUGGGGAGGAGAAUGGUGAACCAUUGUACAUCUGAAAUUUAUCCACUCAUAAAUAUGCUUAAAUACAACCAACCAAAUAACCAUUGAUAUUUGUCAGAUCAGUUAAUGCACAUGCACUGUAAUUUUCAUAAAGCAGUAGUAGAAACAUCCAUAUUCAACUUGGUGACAGCACUAUAGGUGGCAUGAUAAUUAUUUGUUGUUGUAUUAAAAUAGUUAAUAUUUCUACAUGAAAUUAACAUGCCUCAAAACUGUCCCAAUACUACUUUAGAAUGUUCUAAAAUUUUAUGGUUUCCUAGCUUAAAAUUUCCCAAAUAAAUUUUAAUGAUUAAUUAAAUAAUGCACGUUAACAGUUCCUCCAUAUUUGCAUGUGAAGCUAUAAUGUCUCCAGGGGUUUAAAGUUUAAAUUGUUUUAAGAGCUUUGAAAAACCUAUUCAGUGAAAUUUAUUUGUAACAUUUUCUAACAGACCAAUUUGUUUGAAAUUUACAUUCAGGAAAAAAUUUUAUCUGAGCCACAAUAUUUUGGGACCCCAUAUUCAAACAUUUAAAAUAACUGCUAGAAAAGGGGAUAUGAAGGUAAGCUCAAUUAAGUUCCUUCAACAUGCGUGUAUAACAUACACAAGCAUGCUUGACAAGUUUUUUGGUUGCUUUUUUCUUUUUUGGUCUGGAUCCAUAAUUUAAUUUGUAUAGAGAAAUCCCAAUGUAGAAAUUCCUUUCAUUGACAUAGCUUUGUGACACAAACCUAAUUUACAAUCUUAGAGAGAGUUCUUAGGAGUACUAGAGACUUAGUGGCCUACCCAUGAUCAGAUAGCCAAGAUGCAUGUAAGGCAGGAUUUAAGGACACACUGCCUCUUCUCAUAAUAAACUAACCAAAAGCAAAAGACGGUAACAUCCUAAAAUUGAAGGAUGUUCUUACAUUCACAAAAAUAAAUAUAACUAGAUAACAAGAAGUAACUUUUCCAACCUAUCUUCCUUUUUUAGGUCCAUGAUAAUUGUAAAAAAGUUUAUGAAACUCUAGUCAGUAAUCAUUUUUGCUCUCUUGAUCAUUAGAAUGUAAAUGGGCAGAUUCAACAUAAUAGGAUGCAUGGUAGAUACAAAUGACACAAUUUUUUUAAAUGGUUACUGUUAGAAAAGGAGAAAAGAAAAGAACCAGUCAACCUGUAAUUGGUAUUAGUCUUAUUGGUGUGCUUUUUGGGAUGCCAAAACCAAUCCUUGUGUUUUAACUCAUUAUUCUCCUUUGCUAAAUUCUAUAGGAUUAUUUAAUUCCCAUAAGAACCAAUCUUCUCUUUAGAACAUGUAUCGUAUCCAUUUUUUUUUACUUCUAUUCAGCAUUCACCAGUGAUCCAGUGUUUUGUUUUGUUUUUUAAAGAUUAUCUGUGCUGCCCCUUUUAUUUGGAGUUUAAGGGAUCUUGGAGCAAUGUGUGCUCAAUUGAAAUAAAAUGACCUACUGUACUGAGUGUCCUGCACAAAUCUGAAAGUGCUAUCUUCAGUGUUAGUUGUUUUUCCUUUUGGUUGGCAGCACUUGGAUUUUCUCCUCCCACUUUCCUUGCUCUUCUCCCAUGCUUACUCCAGGUAUUGAGUGCCACUUCUCUUUGUUCUCAUACCUCAUGAAGUUACCCUGUGGAGAGAUCCAUGCUUCUCUCCUUAUAGUUUAACUUCAUAUUAUUGUCUGAAUACAUGAGAAAGUUUGUAAAUACAUGUAAUAUAUUUAUUAAUAUUUGAAAGGCUGUCAUCCAGGAGACACUGGGAACAAAUUUUCCCAAGAUGAUUGAAAGUGAAAGCAAGUCUUAUUGAUAUGCACAUUGAUUAAAAUUUAUCUUACUAGAUUUCAAAUUUUGAGCCUUUUAAGUCAAACCUUGGAGACUUUAUGGCACGUAGCAUUUUAAGAAUUAAGUUGCAAGAGAAUAUGUGACUAGUAACAUGAACUCACCACCAUGAAUUUUUCUUAAAGCUUUUAUUUUUCUAAUUGUAUUAAUAAAAGUGGGACUUGGUUUUAUAGAUCACAUAGGAGACAUGAAAGUUCCUAAAAUGUCCCAUUACAAUUUACUGAUGGUGAAAAUUCCGAGAAUUUUGUAUUGAAGAACUAUUAAAUUAGGGCCAUGAGGAAUGUAUUCUCAGCUUUCUAUGUGUAUAAAAUCCAAAGUCUUAUUGGUAUUCAUGGUGAUAGUACUAAACGUUUUUCAUUAAGGCCUCUUACUUGAAAAUUAUCUGGGGAAAAAUAAAAAAGCCUUUCCAUCAUUA